AUGCUGGAAAUGCUAGCAAUACAAGAUCUAACCAAGAAUCACAGGAGUUCAUCCCAACUGCUAACUUUGUUACAGGAGCAAACCAUAAGAAAACCAUCAAGCAAGGAACUACGUACUUCAGAGAGAGCUGUUAAUGCCGAGAGCACACAAUUCAAACAGCCACAUCAACGAGAGCAGUCAUUCCAGCUUCACUCUUCAUCACAUGUUAGAGCCAACACUGAAGUGCUGCUAAAAACUGCUGUGACACCAAUUUGGUAUAGAAAUCAAGAAGUCAACUGCAAUGUUUUGCUAGAUGAAGGAGCUCAAAACUCAUUUAUAACUGAGGAGUUAGCACAGAAACUUGACAUAAAAUCAACGGGAUCCAUCACUCUAAAGAUUUCAGCAUUUGGAGACAAGAACAGUGAAGUUCGUAACCUAGAGAAAGCUACAGUUCAACUAGAAACACAAACCGGAGAGAAAAUUCCAAUGGAGGUCAUCAUCAUUCCAACAAUAGCAGCUCCAAUCUUCAACAGAGCACGUGUCAAUAUCAGGGAACUCUCAUACCUAAAGGGAUUGAAAUUGGCACACCCAAUCAGCUCAGAUGAGCAGUUCCAUAUUUCAAUGCUAAUUGGUGCAGACUACUAUUGGAGCAUAGUAGGAGACAGAAUCAUCAGAGGAAAUGGACCCACAGCGGUCGAAUCAAAGGUUGGAUAUCUUAUAUCUGGACCUAUCCACUCAUCUGGAAAACAGCAUUCAGGGAUGUUCCAUAUUUUGGCAGAUCAUAAAGUGGAAGAGGUUGACCUGGAAAAAUUCUGGAAAAUUGAAUCCAUGGGAAUUGAUGAUCACAGUGAAGAGAUAAAAGGCAAGGAGAAACUCUUGAAUUUUGCUGCUACAUCAAUCGAUAAAGAGGAUGGUCAUUAUGUUGCUAAAAUCCCCUGGAAAGAAAACUCUCCCUGCUUACCUACAAACUACGAGAUUGUGAAAAGAAGAACAGAAAAUGUUAUUCAGAGAUUAGCAAAGGAUCCAAAAAUGUUAAAGCUGUACAGUGAGAUAAUACAGGAUCAAGCAAACAAAGGAUUUAUUGAGAAAGUUGAAGAUCCAGAAAAUUCAGAAAAUAGAGUCCAUUAUAUCCCUCAUCACCCUGUGAAAAAGGACAGCACUACAACCCCGAUUAGAAUUGUGUACAAUUGUAGCUGCAAGGACAAAACUGGACAUGUUAGUCUAAACGACUGCAUUGAGCCAUACUCCCCUGUGAUGAAUGACAUCACGUCAAUAUUGACCAGAUUCAGACUGAACAAGUUUGCAGUAACAGCAGAUAUUGAAAAGGCCUUCCUUCAAAUUGAGCUUCACCAGAAAGACCGUGAUGCAACACGAUUCCUUUGGCUUAGCGAUCCAGGUAAUGCAUCGAGUCCAUUGACAACUUACCGCUUUCGAUCUGUCCUGUUUGGAGCAACUUGUUCACCCUUUAUCCUCAGCGCUACUCUGAUGAAACAUUUUCAAGAGAAUGCAAAUGAAACUUCAUCUCUUCUUGAACAAAAUCUCUAUGUUGACAAUGUUUUAGCCAGCUUCCAGAGUGAGGAAACAGCUAUGAAAUUCUACAAAGAAUCAAGAACCUUACUUGCAGCAGGAGGUUUUAAUCUUCGUUCCUGGAGCUCCAACAGUGAGAUGCUACAAAACUUAUCUAAAGCAGAAAAAACAGCGGAUGAAGACUCUGUCGUUAAAGUUCUUGGAAUGAAAUGGAAUCCACAAGAAGAUACUCUUCAAUAUGCAAAGAAUGAUACUGGACAAAAGAAGUAUCGUGUGACUACAAAGCGAGAAGUAUUGAGAGAAACAUCAAAGGUGUUUGAUCCACUUGGAUUAUUAAGUCCUAUUUCUGUGAAGGCAAAGAUUUUCAUGCAAGAGUUAUGGAAAGCUAAUUUGAAAUGGGACGAAAAACUGCCUAAGUCUAUGCAGACUACAUGGAGAGAAAUCUCAUCAGAAAUUUGUGAUGCACUGGACAUCAAAAUAAACAGAAAUAACAGUUCGUCAAUAGAUUCAAGUCAAAUUGUACUUCACUGGAUCAUUUCACAGAAAACGCCAAACAGAUUUGUAGCAAACCGAGUAAAUGAAAUUAGGGAGAUCAGCAAAUCUUCAACAUGGCAGUAUUGUCCAACAUACUGUAAUCCUGCUGACUAUCUCACACGAGGAAUUGCCCUCAAGAAAUUCAAAGAAGAUACCCUCUGGUGGAAUGGACCAGAAUGGUUAAUGGAACCCCAAAAAUGGCCUGUAUGGGAUGGGCCAACAAAGGCAAUAUUAUGUUCCACAAGCACAGAAGAAGAGAGUGAUAUGAGUCAUCAAACGAAGGUUCAAGAUACUGUAGACAUCAAGACUGAAAGUAUACAGUCAAUAUUGAAACUUGAAGAUAAGAGUUCACUCAUGAUGUUAGUCAGAGUUCUUGCAUACAUAAGAAGAUUCAUUCACAACUGCAGACAUUCUAGUGAAAAGAGAGCAGGAUUUCUCAGUAAACAAGAGUUAGGUGAAGUUAUUAGACUGCUUAUACAAGAUGCACAGAGAACAGAGUUUACAAAAGAAAUGGAAUAUCUGAAACAUCCAUCUGGAAGGAAACCAACAUUGAUCCAGCAACUGAAACUGUUCCUCGAUAACGAAGGAUUUUUAAGGUGUGGAGGAAGAAUUCACAAUGCGCCUCUGAUGGAUAAAACAAAAUUUCCAUACCUUCUUCCAACAUAUCAUCGAUUGACGCAUCUUAUUAUUGUUGAUACACACAACAAACAUGCCCAUGCCAGUUUGAAUUCAACAAUUACCUUACUCCAUGAACAAUAUUGGAUACCGAGGAUUCGACAACGUGUGAAAGGAAUUCUUAGAGGAUGUAUCAGCUGUAGAAAGGUCAUUGGAAAGUCUUAUCAAGCUCCAGAACCCCCUCCGCUACCAAAGGACCGUCUACAGAUGAAACCUCCAUUUACCGUGACAGGCAUAGAUUUUGCAGGACCCCUUUAUGUCAAGGAUAAAUUGGGAGAAAACUCUAAAGCAUAUAUAUGCCUUUUUACCUGUGCCUCAACUCGAGCCUUACACCUAGAGCUAGUACCAAACCUAACACAGAGCUCAUUUCUUCUUGCAUUCAGAAGAUUUAUCAGUAGGAGAUCACUGCCUAGUAUCAUGAUCUCAGAUAAUGCUACAACCUUUCAAUCUGCAUCCAAGGAAAUCAUUAGAUCAUCACAUGCAGAAAACGUACAUCAAAAACUUGCUGAAUAUGGAGUACAAUGGAAAUUCAUUCCAAGUCGAGCUCCAUGGUAUGGUGGAUGGUGGGAGAGACUCAUUGGAUUGACAAAGACUUCAUUACUGAAAGUUCUUGGACGCUCAAAGAUAAAUAUGGAGACUCUUCACACCGUAGUAACGGAAAUAGAAGCGAUGCUGAAUGACAGACCACUGACUUACAUUUCAACAGAUCCGGAGGAUUUGCAGCCACUUACACCAUCUCAGUUGCUGUAUGGAAGAAGAUUGACAUCUCUACCCUAUUUGGAUGAAGAGGAUACCAACAAUGAUUCUCUAUUAAAUCACGAGAAAGCUAAUGAAUUUAUGAAACAACAAAUUCAGCUCCUACAAAACUUCUCGAACAGAUGGAAGACGGAAUAUCUUACUUCUCUGAGACAAUAUCAUCGCAGAACAGGAACAACAUGUAAUAAGAUCAAGAUUGGAGAUGUCGUCCAAGUCCAUGAUGACUUCACAAAACGUAUCAACUGGAAAAUUGCUCUAGUGGUGGACCUCACAACUGGCAGAGAUGGACUCACAAGAUCCGCACUUUUACGUCUUAGCAACGGAACCAUAACAAACCGUCCCAUUACGAAAUUAUAUCCCUUGGAAGUGUGCGAAUCAGAGCCAGAGUUGAGGAGAAGUCAAAGACUUUCUAAUUAA